AUGUGCGACGUACUGCGAUUCUCACUAGUCAGUUCGCGACUUCUUAAGGCGCCAUCAGGCCUUUUACCUGCCACAGCUCACGACACUCUCGCGUCUCUCUGCAUCGGAGUUUGCUCGCGAGGACUAGAUCUUGUAUCCAUCAACGGAAUGCAGAUUCCAAGCGAUGACUCUCAUAUCUACGCAGCGCUGUACUGGCCGGUCCACUCCAAAUUGGCAUUCUAUUUUGGCACAGACACACCUACUAUGAAACGUGUUGAAAAGGAUGUAACAACAUUCAUCUUUGAUGAGAAUUGGGAUAUCACCCUUUCUUACGAGAGCUGGGCGAUGAACGCCUAUAAGAUCGAUCUACUUCUUCCGGGAGACCAUGCCCUGAAAGGCGAAAUGAGUGCGAUUGACUCAUCAAACUCUGGAUUCCUAUUUACACUGAGCACAUUUGGACUCGACUGCAUUCUAUACCAAGCGUUAGCGAACAUCAGCAACGUGGACGUCAACCUACAAAACCAUCUGGGUCAGAUCUCCACUUACUUAGCCGCGGCAUGUGGGCAUUCAGCGACAUUGUCUUUACUUGCUAAUCGCGGCGCCCUCGUCAACCUUUAA